AUGUACAGUGAUAUUAGCUCGCGUAGCAGUUCUUCUGACGAGAGUGAAAAACACCAACGUGCAACCACGCUGGACACUUAUGAUUCUCGACCAACAACGAAGGGUGUAAGAGCAAAGUCAAAUCAAAAAGGCAUCUCUAAAUUAUCAACACAAAGGAAAAAGAAGACCGUGCACCAAACGGCAAUGGAUCGAUUGCUGUACGAGAUUGCUGUGAGAACACAGCACAAAGCAAAAAGCCUGGAGUUUGAAGCCAAAAACCUGAGUGAUACAGUGGACAACUUGCGUCACGAAAACAGAGCACUGAAACGACUUCAACGAUCUCAAACAAGGGAAAUUCACGAUAGACAUGACUUUGUAGAUAUGGCAAAUCUGUCCCUGAAGGGAUUUCGUAAAGAUGUGAGAUUCAGUGAAGAGAAUCGAGUUGAUGCUGAUGCUAGUGUUAGGAAGAAAACAAAAAAAGUCAUACGGCUUGAGAACGAAAGUAAGAGAUAUGAAAAUCUCCUGCAACUUGACUCAAAACUCCCAAGCAUAGAAGAAUUGGAGCAGAAGAUAGAAAAAGCCGAUAGGGAUCUGGAACUGAAGGACGAAAGGCUGAAGGAAUUACAAACGAAACUCGAACUGGAUGACCAAAGAAUCACCCAAGAACAAAAGAAGGAAAAGAAACGUUUCGUGAAACUGCAACAUGAGAUAGAUGAAACUGUCAGAGAGUGCCACGAUCUAACUUCCCGAAUCAAAACGGCAGAGAGGAAAAUCCACAAGACAAAUAUUUACUGCCGUAAGCGAGGACCCUCAACCCAGGCCCUCCCGGCCAUCACUUGGUAUCCUCCUGCGAUUGAACAGUCUCCAACAAAUAAAGUUCAAACCUGGCUGAAUAAAAAUUCUGACAGUUCCACAUGAAACAGAUUUGCCUUUCGGAAUACCUUCCUCAUUGUGCAAGCUAUAACUGUUUAUUAAGGCGUCGAGUGUUUUGUCUA